AUGCCCUUUCAUGUAGAAGCCUCUUCAACAUCCUGUACAUGUGCUUUCUGGGUCUUCAUAGAAUCUCACUGCUAUUAUCCUCUCAUCCCAAGAUACAGUCAAAUCUCUAAAGAACCUAAUGGAGGCCUGUUUCCUGCCAUUCUCAAUCUUGCGAGCAAUGCUCACAUCAUCACCAAUGCCACCUGCGGUGAGAAGGGGCCUGAGAUGUUCUGCAAACUCGUGGAGCACGUGCCCGGUCGACCUGUGCGGAACCCCCAGUGCCGGAUCUGCGAUGGCAACAGUGCCAACCCCAAAGAACGCCAUCCAAUAUCAAAUGCGAUAGAUGGCACCAAUAACUGGUGGCAAAGUCCCAGUAUUCAAAAUGGGAGAGAAUAUCACUGGGUCACAAUCACUUUGGACUUAAGACAGGUCUUUCAGGUCGCCUACGUCAUCAUCAAAGCUGCUAAUGCCCCUCGACCCGGAAACUGGAUUUUGGAGCGAUCCCUGGAUGGCACCAAGUUCAGUCCCUGGCAGUAUUAUGCAGUUAGUGACACGGAGUGUUUGACUCGUUACAAUAUAACCCCAAGACGGGGGCCGCCCACAUACAGGGCAGAUGACGAAGUGAUCUGCACCUCGUAUUAUUCUAGGCUGGUGCCACUGGAGCAUGGAGAGGCCAAUUUUUUCAAUGGGAGACCCAGCGCUGAUGAUCUUUCCCCCAAGUUGUUGGAAUUUACUUCUGCACGAUACAUCCGUCUGCGCUUACAACGCAUUCGAACCCUCAAUGCAGAUCUGAUGACCCUCAGCCACCGGGACCUGAAGGACCUCGAUCCUAUCGUGACAAGACGAUAUUACUAUUCAAUAAAAGACAUUUCUGUUGGAGGAAUGUGUAUUUGUUAUGGCCACGCCAGUAGCUGCCCAUGGGAUGAAACUACAAAGAAACUACGGUGUCAAUGUGAGCAUAACACCUGUGGGGAGAGCUGCAGCAGGUGUUGUCCUGGGUACCACCAGCAGCCCUGGAGGCCUGGGACCAUUUCUUCGGGUAACAUGUGUGAAGAAUGUAAUUGCCACAAUAAAGCGAAAGACUGCUACUAUGAUGAAAGUGUUGCCAAUCAGAAGAAAAGUUUGAAUAUUGCUGGACAGUACAGAGGAGGAGGGGUUUGCAUAAAUUGCCUGCAGAAUACCAUGGGAAUCAAUUGUGAAACCUGUAUCGAUGGAUAUUAUAGACCACACAAGGUGUCUCCGUACGAGGACAACCCUUGCCAUCCCUGUGACUGUGACCCUGUGGGGUCCCUCAGUUCUGUCUGUAUUAAGGAUGAUCUCCAUUCCGACUUACACAGAGGGACAUGGCCAGGUCAAUGUCCAUGCAAGGAAGGCUACACAGGAGCAAAAUGUGAUCGCUGCCAAUUUGGCUACAAGGGUUACCCAGCCUGUGUCCGCUGUGACUGCAGUCCGGCUGGCAGCGUGAACGAGGACCCGUGCUCAGAGCCUUGUCUCUGCAAGGAAAAUGUUGAAGGGAAAAAUUGUGAUCGCUGCAGGCCAGGAUUUUAUAACUUGAAGGAAAGAAACCCCCAGGGCUGCUCUGCGUGUUUCUGCUUUGGCGUGUCUGACGUCUGUGAUAGUCUUUCCUGGCCCAUCACUCAGGUGAAAGACAUGUCUGGUUGGCUGAUCACCGACUUGAUCAGUCCACGUAAGAUCCCAUCUCAGCAGGACGGUCUGGGCGGGCGUCAUCAGAUCAGCAUCAACAACACCGCGGUCAUGCAGCGGCUGACUUCCAAGUAUUACUGGGCGGCCCCGCAGGCCUACCUCGGAAAUAAGCUGACUGCAUUCGGUGGAUUCCUGAAGUACACGGUGUCUUAUGAUGUUCCAGUGGAGACAGUGGACAGCGCCCUCAUGUCUCAUGCUGAUGUCAUCAUUAGGGGAAAUGGACUCACUUUACGCACCCAGGCUGAGGGCCUGUCACUGCAGCCCUACGAAGAGUACUUCAACGUGGUUAGACUUGUUCCUGAGAACUUCCGAGACUUUAAUAACAAAAGGGAGAUAGAUCGAGAUCAGCUGAUGACUGUCCUGGCCAAUGUGACCCAUCUCUUGAUCAGAGCCAACUACAAUUCUGCAAAAGUGGCUCUUUACAGGUUGGAUUCUGUCUCUCUGGAUACAGCUAGCCCUAACGUUAUAGACCUGGCGCUGGCCACCGAGGUGGAGCACUGUGAAUGUCCCCAAGGCUAUGCAGGGAUCUCCUGCGAGUCCUGCCUCUCUGGCUAUUUCCGCGUGGAUGGAAUACUCUUUGGAGGAAUUUGUCAGCCCUGUGAAUGCCACGGCCAUGCAGCUGAGUGUGAUAUUCAAGGCGUUUGCUUUGACUGCGAGCACAGCACCACCGGGGCCCACUGUGAGCAGUGCCUGCCUGGCUUCUACGGGCGGCCUGCCCGAGGGACUCCUGGGGACUGCCAGCCUUGUGCCUGCCCCCUCGCCUCAGCCUCCAACAAUUUCAGCCCCACGUGCCACCUGGACGAUGGAGAUGAAGUGGUGUGUGACCAGUGUGCCCGGGGAUACUCAGGGACUUGGUGCGAGAGAUGCGCAGACGGUUACUACGGAAACCCAACAGUGCCCGGGGAAUCCUGUGUUCCCUGCAACUGCAGCGGGAAUGUCGACCCCUUGGAGGCCGGGCACUGUGACUCCGUCACUGGAGAAUGUCUGCGGUGCAUUGGGAACACGGAUGGCGCCCACUGUGAGAGGUGUGCUGACGGGUUCUACGGAGAUGCUGUGACUGCUAAAAAUUGCCGAGCCUGUGAGUGCCAUGGGAAGGGCUCCCUCUCUGACAUCUGCCAUCCUGAGACUGGGCUGUGCAGCUGCCGAGCACGUGUGACCGGAGAGCAGUGUGACCAGUGCUUGCAUGGCUAUUACGGGUUGGACACGGGGCUCGGCUGCCUGCCCUGUAACUGCAGCCCGUCAGGCUCCCUGUCGGACGACUGCACGGAGGAAGGCCAGUGUCACUGCAUGCCGGGCGUAGCUGGGAAACGGUGCGACAGGUGUGCGCGUGGCUUCUAUGCAUUCCAGGACGGUGGCUGUACACCCUGUGACUGCGCUGACACUCAGAACACAUGUGACCCAGAAUCAGGGGAGUGUGUCUGCCCUCCUCACACUCGAGGCGUGAGAUGUGAAGAAUGUGAGGACGGAUACUGGGGCUACGACCUGGAGCUCGGAUGCCAGGCCUGCAAUUGCAGUAGUGAAGGGUCAGCCAGUCAUCGAUGCGAGGUGCUCACUGGCCAUUGCCAGUGUAAGCCUGUCUUUGGUGGACCGAGCUGCCAUCAGUGCGCCCUGGGUUUCCGAGACUUUCCAGACUGUGUGGCCUGUGACUGUGACCUGAGAGGGACCGUGGUGGACACCUGUGAUGAGGAACAGGGUCUGUGCAGCUGUGCACAGGGAACUGGUACCUGCUCUUGUAAGGAAAAUGUCCUUGGCCUUCAAUGCAAUGAGUGUCGGGCCGGUACCUUUGCUCUCCAUGCUGACAACCCUCAGGGCUGCACCCCGUGCUUCUGCUUUGGGCUGUCACAGCUCUGCUCGGAGCUGGAGGGUUAUGUGAGGACACCGAUAACGCUGGGCUCAGAUCCUCCUCUUCUGCGAGUGGUUUCUCAGAGCAACCUCCGGGGCACGACCCAGGGGGUGUAUUACCAGGCCCCUGACGUGCUCCUGGACGCUGUGACCAUCAGGCGGCACGUCCACGCAGAGCCGUUUUACUGGCGGCUGCCGGAGCAGUUCCAGGGAGACCAGCUCCUGGCCUAUGGGGGCAAACUGAAGUACAGCGUGGCCUUCUAUUCCUCCAAUGGCAUGGGCACCUUCAACCUUGAGCCUCAAGUGCUCAUCAGAGGAGGCCGGACCAGAAAGCAAGCCAUCUACAUGGAUGCACCCGCACCGGAGAAUGGAGUUAGGCAAGAGCAAGAAGCUGAAAUGAAAGAGAAUUAUUGGAAAUACUUUAAUUCUGUUUCUGAAAAGCCUGUUACACGCUCAGAUUUUAUGUCUGUUCUUAGCAACAUUGAGUACAUUCUCAUCAAAGCAUCUUAUGGUCAAGGGCUACAGCAAAGCAGCCGCAAUGCUCAUUUCUUUGACUGUGCACCUGGCUACUACAGAGGGAAACUUCCGGAAGGUGGUGACAGGGGACCUCGCCUUCUGCUUGCGCCUUGUGUGCCCUGCAGCUGUAACAACCACAGCGACACUUGUGACCCUGAAACGGGGAAGUGUCUGAACUGCGGCGAUAACACGUCUGGUGACCACUGUGAUGUGUGCGCUCCCGGGUACUAUGGGAAGGUGACGGGCUCAGCCACUGACUGCUCUCUGUGCACCUGUCCUCACAGCGGCCCUGCCAGUUUUAGUCCGACUUGUGUCUUGGAAGGUGAUCACGAUUUCCGCUGUGACGCCUGUGUGCUGGGCUAUGAAGGGCAAUAUUGUGAGAGGUGCUCCUCGGGCUAUCAUGGGAACCCUGGAAUGCCAGGCGGCACCUGCCAGAGGUGUGAUUGCAGCCUGCAUGGCUCUGUUCACCGGGACUGUGACCGCAGGACUGGGCAGUGCGUCUGCAGGCCAGGGGCCGCGGGGCUGCGAUGCGAGGAAUGUGAACCCAGGCACAUUCUGGUGGAAAGCAAUUGUGUUUCUUGUGAUGAUGAAUGCGUGGGUGUGCUGCUGGGUGACUUAGACAAUGUUGGUGAUACCAGUCUUUCUGUGAACCUCACCAGCAUUAUUCCCGUCCCAUAUGGAAUUUUGUCAGACCUGGAAAAUACAACCAAAUACCUCCGGGAGUCUUUAUUAAAAGGAAAUACACAACAGGGGCUGGUAAAACUUCAACUUGAAGGUGUUACAGAACAAACAGAUGACCUGCAAAGGGAGCUCAGUAGAGUGUUAACAAGUAGCCAACAUGUGGCCAGGGCGACUGAAAGACUCCUCAGCGAGAGUCAAGAUCUCAUGACAUUUACUGAGAAAUUGAAGAUAAGCAUUCAAGAAAUUAUUGAAAAGGCAUCAACUCUAAAUCAGACCUUGGAUGAAGAUUUCCAGCUACCCAGUUCCACUCUUCAGAAUAUGCAAAAGAACAUGACAUUUUUGCUAGAAACCUUACAGAAAAGGCAUUUUAUGCAGUUGCACCAAAAUGCUACCCUUGAACUGAAGGCUGCUGAAGAUUUAUUGUCACAAAUUCAGAAAAAUUACCAGAAGCCACAGGAAGAGUUGAAGGUAAUAAAAGAAGCUGCAAGCAGCCUCCUUUCAAAACACAACAGUGAACUGCAGGCAGCAGAAGACCUGGUGAGGGAAGCAGAGGCAAAGACGCAGGAAAGCAGCCGCCUCCUGCUCAUUCUCAAGGCCAGCCUGCGAGAGUUCAAUGAUAAAAAGCUGCAUGUUCGAGAAGAACAAAACUUGACCUCAGUGCUUAUCGCCAAAGGAAGAAGAUUGCUGGAUGCUGCCACAGCACGUGCAAAGGCUGCACAAAGUGCACUAGCACAAUUAGAGCAUCACCGGGAUGAGCUGCUUUGGUGGACUGCCAGAAUCAGGCACCACGUGGAUGACCUGGUCAUGCAGAUGUCCAAACGAAGAGCGCUUGACCUUGUCUACAGAGCUGAGGGCCAUGCAGCUGAGCUCCAGGAACUAGCAGGGGCUCUGGACAGUGGCCUUGGAAAUGUUAGAUUUGUGUCCCUGAACACAACCAGCGCAACCCACAUCCAUUCCAACAUUCGGAGCCUGAUUGAAGAAUCAGAAAAACUGGCAGAAGAUGCUCUCAGGACUGUGAUGGAGGUAAGCCUGUUCCCAGAAGCCGUGGAGUCUAAUGGGAAAGCAGCUCUCCAGCGCAGCUCCAAAUUCCUAAAAGAAAGCAGGAGCCUGAGCAGAAAGCAUCAAGGUAUCACAUUGGAACUGAGAGAAUUGAAAAAUACGGCAAAGACAUUUCAAGAAAAUGCUGAUAAGAUUACUAGGCAGACCAAUGAAUCACUCUUAAUACUUAGAGCAAUUCCUGAAGGUGUCAGAGACAAAGGAACCAAAAUCCAAGAGCUGGCCACAUCUGCCAAUCAGAGUGCUGCGAGCACACUGAAGAAUGUGGUGGGACUGAGUCAGAAGCUGCUGAACACAUCGACAGACCUGUCCAAGGUCAAUGCCACCUUACAAGAAGCAAACGAACUUCUACGGGACUCCUCAAUGACCAGUCUGUUAGCUGGGAAAAAAGUUAAAGAUGUGGAAACACAAGCCAACCUUUUAUUUGAUCGGUUGAAGCCUUUGAAGAGAUUAGAAGAGAACCUGAGCAGAAACCUGUCAGAAAUUAAACUGCUGAUCAGCCAGGCCCGGAAACAAGCAGCUUCGAUUAAAGUUGCUGUGUCUGCAGACAGAGAUUGUAUCCGGGCCUACCAGCCUCCGAUCUCUUCAACCAACUAUAACACCUUAACACUAAAUGUUAAGACGAGCGAACCCGAUAACCUUCUCUUCUACCUCGGCAGCAGCACCAGCCCUGACUUCCUGGCAGUGGAGAUGCGGCGAGGGAAAGUGGCCUUCCUCUGGGACAUGGGCUCCGGGGCAGCACGGUUGGAAUUCCCAGACUUCCCAAUUGAUGACAACAAAUGGCACAGUAUCUACGUAACCAGGUUUGGAAACAUUGGUUCAUUGACUGUACAGGAAAUGAGCACAACUCAAAAGCCACCACCAAAAACAAGUAAAUCCCUAGGAGCAGCUAACGUUCUGGAUAUAAACAACUCAACACGGAUGUUUGUUGGAGGGCUCGGAGGACAAGUCAAGAAGUCUCCCGCUGUGAAGGUUACUCAUUUCAAAGGCUGCAUGGGAGAAGCCUUCUUGAAUGGACAGUCCAUCGGCCUAUGGAACUAUGUUGAAAGGGAGGGCAAGUGCCAUGGCUGCUUUGGAAGCCCCGAGAAUGAAGACGCGUCCUUCCACUUUGAUGGGAGUGGGUAUUCCGUCGUGGAGAAGACGCUGCGGGCUACUGUGACGCACAUUAUUAUGCUUUUUAGUACCUUUUCAACGAACGGGCUUCUCCUCUACCUCGCUUCAAAUGGCACCAAAGACUUUUUAUCCAUCGAGCUGGUCCAUGGCCGAGUGAAAGUUACAGUUGACCUGGGCUCAGGGCCUCUUGCCCUCAUAACAGACCGACGUUAUAACAAUGGGAGCUGGUACAAAAUCGCCUUCCAGCGGAACCGGAAGCAAGGACUCCUAGCAGUUGUCGAUGCGUAUAACACCAGUUAUAAGGAAACCAAGCAAGGGGAAACCCCAGGAGCAUCUUCUGACCUCAAUCGUCUUGAUAAGGAUCCAAUUUACGUGGGUGGAUUACCUCGUUCAAGAGUUGUAAGGUAUGAUACCACUGUCAAAAGCUACGUGGGCUGUAUCAAAAACCUGGAAAUAUCCAGAUCGACCUUUGACUUACUCAGAAAUUCCUAUGGAGUGAGAAAAGGCUGUAUCCUUGAGCCUAUCCGGAGUGUUAGCUUCUUGAAAGGCGGCUACAUUGAGUUGCCACCCAAGCCUCUGUCACCAGAAUCGGAGUUGUUGGCCACAUUUGCCACCACAAGCAGCAGUGGCAUCAUCCUGGCUGCCCUGGGCAAGCGUGGGGAGAAUCGGCAGGUCCAUGGGCCCUUCUUCUCCAUCAUGCUCAUUGAAGGCCACAUUGAAGUGCAUGUUAAUCCUGGGGAUGGGACCAGCCUGAGAAGAGCUCUCCUGCACGCUCCCACGGGCACGUACAGCGACGGACAAGACCACUCUGUCUCCUUGAUACGGAGCGGGAGAAUUAUCACUGUCCAACUGGAUGAGACAAAACCUGUAGAAAUGAACUUGGGCCCAUUGGCGGAAAGCAUGACAAUAAAUGUGUCCAACCUGUACAUAGGGGGUGUUCCAGAGGGUGAGGGGGCAGCAAUGCUCCAGAUGAGAAGGUCAUUCCAUGGCUGUAUCAGAAACCUCAUCUUUAACAUGGAACCUUUGGAUUUCACUGGUGCGGUCGGCUAUGAGCAAGUGGACUUGGACAGCUGCUUGCUUUCAGAAAAGCCUAGGCUGGCUCUCCAGGAAGAGGACAGCGAGCUCCUGCCAGAGCCUCAUCCUCUACCACGUCCACAACAGUGUGCCAUGGACGGAACCCCAGGUUAUGUCCCCAAUGCUCACCAGUUUGGACUCGUACAAAGCAGCCAUUUCGUGCUGCCUUUCAAUCCGUUGGCUGUCAGAAAGAGGCUCUCAGUUCAGCUAAGUAUCCGAACAUUUGCCUCCAGUGGGCUGAUUUACCACAUGGCCCACCAGAACCAAGUGGAUUACGCCACGCUCCAGCUGCACGGGGGCCACCUCCACUUCAUGUUUGACCUUGGGAAAGGAAGGACAAAAGUCUCGCACCCUGCACUGCUCAGUGAUGGCAAGUGGCACACGGUCAAGACAGAGUACUUUAAAAGAAAGGGCUUCAUGACGGUUGAUGGCCAGGAAUCCCCCAUGGUGAGCACGGUGGGAGAUGGCACCACCUUGGAUGUGGAAGGAAAGUUGUACCUGGGAGGCCUUCCCUCCGAUUACAGGCCCAGGAACAUUGGAAAUGUCACCCACAGCAUCCCCGCUUGCAUUGGGGAGGUGACAGUGAACAGCAAGCAGCUGGACAAGGGCAGCCCAGUGUCUGCAUUUGCAGUAGCCCAGUGCUAUGCAGAGGCCCAAGAAGGAACUUUCUUUGAAGGAAGUGGAUAUGCAGCUCUUGUCAAAGAAGGCUACAAAGUUCGUUCAGAUGUGAACAUCACACUUGAGUUUCGUACCUCCUCAGAGAACGGCGUUCUCCUGGGGAUCAGCAGCGCCAAAGUGGAUGCCAUUGGAUUAGAGAUUGUGAAUGGCAAGCUCUUAUUUCAUGUUAACAAUGGUGCUGGUAGGAUAACAGCCGUGUACGAGCCCAAAGCUCCCCACACUCUCUGUGAUGGAAAAUGGCACACCCUGCAGGCGAACAAAAGCAAGCACCGCGUGGUGCUGGUCGUGGAUGGGAACGCCGUUCAUGCUGAAAGUCCACACAUCCAGUCCACCUCAGUGGACACCAACAAUCCCAUUUAUGUUGGUGGCUAUCCUGCCGAUGUAAAGCAGAACUGCCUGAGCAGCAGGACCUCCUUCCGGGGCUGUUUGAGAAAGCUCACUCUCAUUAAGGGCCCGCAAGUGCAAUCCUAUGACUUCAGCAGAGCUUUUGAAAUACAAGGAGUUUUCCCUCAUUCCUGUCCUGGGUCUGAGCCCUGAAAUUCAGGAAAACAACUCAGUUCGGAUCAAUUAUUGCUUAUAUUUUGAAUAGUUAUUUUGUGAAUUAAAAUUUCUUCAGAUUCCAUUUCCAACUCAGGUUAAGUGUUUUCAUAGAGAAAGUUUGUGUUUAUGUUAAACUAAAACCACAUGGACAACAAAUACCUCUAUUAAAUAGUUUAAAAU